CGGGCCGCGCCUCCCUCCCUCCUCCCCGCCGCCGCCGCCGCCGCCGCCGCCGCCUCCGGGGAGGGCGCAGAGCCCGGGCCGCAAGGGAUCGGAGCCGCCGAUCUGCGCAGACGGCAAAGUUGCGAGCGGAUGCUGCAGGCGCCGGACCCCAGCCGCGGACAGUCGGAUCCGCCCCCGCCGGAGGAGGCUCGGCGGCCGGGGACGAGGGCGUCCCCCACCUGAAGACAACGAGCCAGGUCCCGAGCGAUGCUCCUGAGCUGAGGGCCCAUGGCCCCACCCUUCCCCAUGGAGAAAGGACUCGCUUUACCCCAGGACUGCCGGGACUUUCUGCACAGCCUGAGGAUGAGGAGCAAAUAUGCCCUUUUCCUGGCUUUUGUGGUGGUGGUUUUUGUCUUCAUUGAAAAGGAAAAUAAAAUCAUAUCAAGGGUGUCAGACAAGCUGAAGCAGAUCCCACAACCCCUGCUAGAUGCCAACGGCACCGACCCAGCCCUGUUCUUGGCCGACAAUGCGUCCCUCUUGUCCCUGAGUGAGCUCGAUUCGGCCUUCACCCAGCUGCAGGGCCGCCUGCGAAACCUCAGUCUGCAACUGGGUGUUGAGGCAGUAGGGGAGGCCGGGGCGGAGGCGGAGGCGGAGGCGGAGGCAGAGGCCGGGGUCGGGGGAGAGGUGCCACCGUCGCCCCCCGGGGCCCCGCCGCCGCGGCGCCACGUGCUCCUCAUGGCCACCACCCGCACCGGCUCCUCGUUCGUGGGCGAGUUCUUCAACCAGCAGGGCAACAUCUUCUACCUCUUCGAGCCACUGUGGCACAUCGAGCGCACGGUGUCCUUCGAGUCGGGAGGCGCCAGCGCCGCCGGCUCGGCCCUGGUCUACCGCGACGUGCUCAAGCAGCUGUUCCUGUGCGACCUGUACGUGCUGGAGCACUUCAUCAGCCCCCUGCCCGAGGACCACCUGACCCAGUUCAUGUUCCGCCGCGGCUCCAGCCGCUCGCUGUGCGAGGAGCCCGUGUGCACGCCCUUCGUCAAGAAGGUCUUCGAGAAGUACCACUGCAAGAACCGCCGCUGCGGGCCCCUCAACGUGACGCUGGCCGCCGAGGCCUGCCGCCGCAAGGAGCACAUGGCCCUCAAGGCCGUGCGCAUCCGGCAGCUGGAGUUCCUGCAGCCGCUGGCCGAGGACCCCCGGCUGGACCUGCGCGUCAUCCAGCUGGUGCGGGACCCGCGGGCCGUGCUGGCCUCCCGCAUGGUGGCCUUCGCCGGCAAGUACGAGGGCUGGAAGAAGUGGCUGGCCGAGGGGCAGGGGCGGCUGGGGGAGGAGGAGGUGCAGCGGCUGCGGGGCAACUGUGAGAGCAUCCGGCUGUCGGCCGAGCUGGGCCUCCGGCAGCCCGCCUGGCUGCGCGGCCGCUACAUGCUGGUGCGCUACGAGGACGUGGCGCGCUGGCCGCUGCAGAAGGCGCGCGAGAUGUACCGCUUCGCCGGCAUCCCCCUGACGGCGCAGGUGGAGGACUGGAUCCAGAGGAACACGCAGGCGGCCCAGGACGGCAGCGGCAUCUACUCCACGCAGAAGAACUCCUCGGAGCAGUUCGAGAAGUGGCGCUUCAGCAUGCCCUUCAAGCUGGCGCAGGUGGUGCAGGACGCCUGCGGCCCCGCCAUGCACCUCUUCGGCUACCGGCUGGCGCGGGAUGCCGCCGCCCUCACCAACCGCUCCGUCAGCCUGCUGGAGGAGCGCGGAACCUUCUGGGUCACGUAGGCGGCCCCGGACCCGCGCGCACCCCUCCUUGUGAAGGGCCCACCCUUGCCAUCCCGCCGGGCCGUGCGAUGCUGGCUCCCGCGGAGGGCGGGCAGGCGGGCGGCCUGGGGUAGUAGCAGUAGGCGCCCCGGCCAGCUAGCUCCCCCGCCGCAGCCUGGGGCCUGGGGUCUGUCACCCAGCGCCGGACGGCGCCUGUCCCGUGAGGGCCACCAGGCCCGGACCUAAGGGGCUGCCGUCUCCAGAGCAGGCCCACGCAGGCCCAGAACUAUCGACAAGCCUCUCUCUCUCUCUCACACACACACACACACAAAAUACCCAUAAAUGCCUGCAGACCCUGUGGGCCAGAGUCCCAGUGUUGAACCAGAAGGGGCUGUGGGCCGGGACCAGUCACAGCCGACCUCCUGCUGUACUCAGCGGUCAUCUUUCAGUUUCUGGAUUUCUUCGCAAUCCAGUGUGGAAUCCGCAUGGGUCCCUGGGGAAGGGACUGGAAUAGCCCAGAAUGUCCGAGGAUGGCAGUUGGGGCUUUUCAACAAGAAUGAUUCAGUAUUUUCAAAAGUGGAAGAGCCGUGCUGGUUACUGAUGAAAUCAGCCCUGCACAGAACUGUAAAACACACAUACGUGUGUAAAGACAAGGCCUCUACGUAUACCACACACAGACCCAAACAAUGUAGAAACCCAAAUCCACACACACAUACACAGGCAAGCUUCCCUGUUGCUUUAUGCCCACGGGAUUUAACUAUCACACACCUCAAGAGGAGACUUUCAUUACAUUUUUAGAAUUAUUUGGGGUUGGGGAAGGAAAUAUGGUCACAGACCAUGACCCUGUUCCCGACCAGGUUUGGAACUGAACGGUAGACACAGAAGGGCUGAGUCUGCGGCCCCUGUCCGCCUUGGUUUCUCCUGGCUACCUCCUCUGGCCUAUUCACAUCCUCCCUGCUGGCAGGCAGGAUGUUUUGAAAUGGUGUGGCCAACCCUCACAUGACUACAGCCCAAAUGCCCCGUCCCAGCUGGGCUGGCUCCCCCAGAGCAUGUCCCUGUGUGAAGGCUGCCUCGGGCCUGACUGGAGGCAAAAGGCAGCAGAUGAGUCCUGCCAUUUUCAGCCAGGCCUCGUGCGGGGCAGGGCCCAGAAGAGAGUGCGGAGCGCUCUUGGGGGAGAAGUCACAUCAGGAUACCCCCUCCCCUGAGAAGACAGGGGACAGAGGUUGGUCACCAUGGUUACAUGGUUAGAGUCUGGGAAUUCCAACUUUUAGGGCUCUGGGAAGAGUGUUGCUCAACUUGGGAUAGGCUGGGUGUUUUGUUUGGGUUUUUUUAAAAAAAACUUACAGUUUGGUAUCUUGUUUUGUGGCUUUGUUUUUGAUUUUCUUUCUGCAGGAGUGCAGCUCAGAAGCAGUCUGGGUGUGAGGGGGCUGGGAGGACCAGCAGGGAGCACUCUGGCUCCUGCCUGAGGGAGAGGAGGGGGAGGAAGGAUCAGAGCCUAGGCAGCCACAUGGCAGUCUGCAGUGCCCCGCGGGCUUUUCUGUUUGAGCCCCGUGUGAAAUGAAUCUCAGAAACCGCCAGGGUUCUUUGCUGUGUGGUCCAGAAGCAACAUAAAUUAGCUCUCGCCCUCUCCCUGAGAUGAGGCCAGAUUUGAACAUCUCUUCCAGGUCCGAAUGCAUUUCUUAGGGGGUCAGGGGCCUAUGGCCAAGCAGCAAAUGUCCCCAAACUGGGGAGCAGAACUCAGUCCCCCUCAGAACUUGAAGAGCUGCACAACGAGUUCCCAAGGGCUGUUUCUGAUUUCCUGGACAACUCCUCUGUCAGAUCUGUCCUGUUGUCAAACCCAGAGGGCUGAGUUUCGGUUUGAGUAAUACGGACACGAGGGAAAUAGAGGAUCUGAGUCCAGCUGGUGCUGCCAUGGGGAGUGUGUCCUGGCCAGAAGUUGCUCUUUGAGAUGGUGAGGACCGCAGCCAUUUUGUGGGGUCUGUUCUGAUCACUGCAUUGGAGCUGCUGGGUCUCCAUCACCAUGGACUAGAGCCAUUCAAGGUGGUCUCCAGUGUUGGCUUUCCAGUCCCAGAAUAAGUUGUGCAGGGAGCUGGCUCAAAUUUGGGGUCCAAAGGGACUCCAGCCCUGAAAACUUGACCCCGGGCAGAGCGAGACCAGGAUGUUUCUGGCGAGCACAGAAGUGCUGGCUUUUCCUCCCCAGCCCCCCUGCUCCCUGCAGUGUCCCACCUGUGGUUGGUGGGGGCUGAGGCAGGGACAAAGGCACCUCCCUCUGGGGCUCUUCUUGGGGCCCCCCUGGUGCGGAUAGCAGACUUCUUCCUUCUUUCCUGUGCCUCUGGGGCCAAGGUCUCCACCCCCAGGCUCUGAGGACAGUGCCAAAAAUGGACCUUUGGGAUUUCUCAGGAUAUUGACAAUUUGUACACUGCAAGUUGACUUAAUUUAUUGAUUUUGUGAUAAAGAGACAUUAAAUACCUUAUUAUUUGCAGGGACUCAAAGCUGUACCCAAAUCAAGAAAGACGAAAUAGUAAUAGAAACCGUUGACUUGCGCCAUACACACAAGGACACUGGAAGAUGAUGAUUCAGAAUACAAGAGAAGAGUAAACCCCAAGGGCGGGGGGUUGCACGGGCCCUGGGGUGGUGUUUAAGGAGGUACCUUGGUUUUUUUCUUACGGCUUGGAAGAUGUGACAUUGAAGGCCCUUUCUGCUGUAUUCCCUUUGCCCUGGUGUCUGAAACAGGACACAACUCAAGAGAGCGCUCAGCAGCGCCCUGGGAACCCUCGGGGUUUGGGGAAGGGGCAACUACUGACUUUACACUCUGGGGGACCUGGUUGGGGUAUGCGCUGGGGGGUUUCAGCAGGCAGCUGGGUCGAGGAAGGUGGUCCAUCUGGGGCGAGUGCCGCCUCUUCCAUCGAGGCCAACCCCGGGCUUCUCUUCUGCUCUGGCUGGCUCUAACGGGAACCCCCCCCCCACCCCCCCCCCCCCACCGCCUGCAGAGAGUCCACCUGCCGACAGGCGGAGGGAGCUGUUGAGGCCUUGCCUCUGGGGCUGCCAGCUUGGCCCAUUCAGCAAUGAGUGUUUACUCAUUUUCUUUUUCUUGAUGAAGACCUCUUUAGCCUGGCCUAUAUAAAUAGUUCAGAACAUUCCAGGCCUUAGUGAGACAGGGCAGUGUCUUAACACCCACAGGCUGUCACUGUGGCCGCCUCUUCCUGGCUUCUCCUCUGGCCUUGUUUGUAAACCUUGGAGGGGCUAAGGGCACCAGGUUGGGGGCGGGGGUCUUUGGGAACAGUCGGUGGGGACCAGGGUCCCUGAGUCCCCACAGAGAGAAAAACAUACGCAGAUUGGCAGCUCUGUGGCACUCCCCCUCUACCCCACCCCACCCUCCUGCCCCCGCCGCUGCAGAUUAUCACCAAGUUCUUACUAAGGUUGAGGACAUGAACAAAAUCACCCUUUAUGUGAUACAUACACUUGAAAAUAAAUAACUAAAUGAAUAGGAAAAAAAUGUUUAAUGAAGAUUUACUCCCUGCCAGUACCCUCCGCCAGGGGCUGGUCUAACGGGGCAGCUGCUGACAGGACCCCGGAGAGCAGAGGGCCCACCCAACCCAUUACAGUGGCAUCUUUCCCCACCACCACUGUCCUGUCUGAUGAUGGAGCAAGUUCCAGCAGGAAGUCAGGGGAUCCCUGUGCCAAUAGAUGGGUGCUUGGCCUGGAGAGGUAAGCAUCAGAUAGUCGGGUCCUGAUUCCAGAGGUCUCUUCCAGCCCCGGUGGUCCUUUCCCACAUUAGAGCCUGUCUUGACCCUAGGGCCUGCCCCUUGCUAGGCCCUGGAUUAUGAAGAAUGGGAGCAGAAGAGCAGAUGGCCGCGUCCCCGAGGCAGUCCCUUGCUCCCAUCCCCAAGGCUGAAAGCAAAGGCAUGUCCUGAAGGGAUUGAUUCUGGGUCAGGAAGAGAAGGGGCAGGGCACGGGGAAAUGCAUCUGCAGAAGCCAAGUAGGUCUUGCCGAUCUGCAAAAAGCACAAGGAGCAUCCACGGAACUCCGAGGGUCCCACGUUGGUGGGUUUGCUGGGGAGAUGGUCCAGCCGGAUGAGAGGCAGAAGGCUUCCUGAUUGCAACCACAGCACCUCUCGGCUGCCCAGGGUCAGGAACAGUGGGAGCUGCCCUUUACCUCAGAAGGUUGAAGCAGAAUUGGCAAAUUCAGAUGCCCUAAGAGCUUGGAGAUCCUUUGGUCCUGUGUCGUCUGUCAUUCCAUGACUGUGCCUGGGGGACGAAUGAGUUGUGGGUUUCCAAGGAUGUGGACGCGGUGCCAUCCCCAUGGGCCCGGCUCAUAAUGUAGACCAGGUAUUUUACUUGGGAAAAUACCCUGCGUCCACUGCCAUUGGGCUUGAACUGGGCGCCCCAGAAGUCUCCAUCUCGUCUGUAUGUUCUAGGCCAAGUUUGCUUGGCUCCCCUGCUCCCUCCUGGAUCCCGCAAACUCUGUCUUUUUGCCAAGAUCUCGGCCCUGUUUUCAUGUUUCAUGGCCACGUGGUAGGGGGCACUCCCUUCGUGGUCAUGUGUGUACAUAUGUGUCCACACAUGUGUAUGUGUAGCAUGCACCUCCUUCUGCUCAGCCACCUUGCCAUCAAACGUCCCAGACGUCCUUGCCAUGGCUGCCAUCUGCCGUCUCCUGGAAAUGCAAGGGCCACCGCCGGUCAGGGUCUGCUUUGUGGAACAGAAUGUGAACCAUCACUUGAUGGCUUACUUGACUUAUUUAAUUAAAAAUGAAAACAUGCAGUGAGCAAAAUCCGAA